CAGUUCUUCUGGUAUUUGUGACUGUUACAAGCUACGGACAAGAAGGAGCAGCUGAUGAUGGACCUAGAUUUCGAUUCCCAUCACCGCACCGUUACGACCUUGCUACAUGGUGUGAGGAGAAGUACUAUCCAUACGAAAAGGACGGGAUGUUUGCAAGCCCAAACUAUCCACUAGAUUAUAACAGCGAUGAAGAAUGUGUCUAUAGAUUUGAAGCUGCCGAAAACGAGGUGAUUGAGCUGGUCUUCUCUUCAACUUUCAACGUAGAGGGCUCAGCCGGGUGCGAGUACGACUACAUCGAGAUCCACGAUGGUCGCUAUGGUUACUCCCCACUCAUCACUCGCGAUUGUGGUAACGUUGCUCCUCCUCGGAUAGUGUCCUCCGGAAAUCAUCUUCUUGUGUUUUUCAUCACCGAUAGUUUACUGGUAGAGCAGGGAUUCGCUGGGAUAUUCAGGUAUCUACCAGCUCCAACCAAACCCCAAGCAACAAGUGUUUCGACUAGAAGGACAUACGGACCUGAAGAAUGUUUCUUUUCGAUGGACGGUUACGAUGGUGAGAUCUCAGCAGAGGACGUGUUCAGGAUACUAGAUGAAGAUAAGAGAUGGCCAACCAAAAUAGACUGUACGUGGGAGGUUACUGUCCCUCCAAACAACAAGAUAAUGAUAGAGUUUGCGGAGUUCUCGCUUCACUACGUCAAUGAAUGCUACAUGAAUCAGAUCAUGAUCUAUGAUAAGUAUGCUUGGGAUUUGAAGCGAAUGAAAACGUUUUGCAGUACGUCGGCUCCGUCUAUCAUGACAACGAGUAACAGGGCUUAUAUCCGCUUCCAGGCCAAUACUGGCAGCGUCAAGAACUUCUGGAAGGUCAUCUAUACAGCUUACCGAGAUUACGAGUGUAAUGAGACAGCAUCGUUCACAUGUGGUGAAUAUAUGUGCAUCAAUCGAGAACUUGUUUGUAAUGGAAGACAAAACUGCUAUAACAUGGCAUACGAUGAAGCCGAUUGCGAACCGGAGCACCCUACUUCGCUGCUAAAUGGUAAAAUCGACGCCGUUUUGGGAUGCAUGAUGGCUAUCAUUUUCCUUGUCACCUUUAUAACCAUAUGCCUAACGUGUCGUCAUUCAUGGUUACGAACUCGUGAACGAGCCAAGGCAAUGUCGACGCGACGGAAAGCUGAAAAACAAGCUGUACAAUAUAUGAUGGACAACGAGGCUAACGCGGACGCACAAGAACUAAGUCCGAUGGGGGAGCGCGAAACUACAAACUACACAGUAUGGAACAAAAAUAGUUUAACAGACGAUAAUUAUGUUUCGUGUAAUAAUACAUCGUCUUCGACCAGUCGCCAUCUUGGGACGGGGAGAGCUUCGCUGACCUCACAAGUGAGCGAUUACGUGGAACAUAUGAUGGAUAGGAUUGGGAGUGUGCAUGGACAAAGUAGUGGAGGGAGCAGCGAAGGGAAACUCACCCGAGCCAAUACCAAUAAUGUUUGGACAAGACAAUCAUUUAGCGAUCACCCCAGGACGGUUCACAAAUAUCCUACGAAGGAUAUACAAGUACAUGUUUAAUAAUUUCUCAAUCACCUGUGAUAAAGUUUAAGCUUCAUGUGUGUAUAAACCAAGAUUGCCAAAUCAAACAUGAAGACAGAGAAAGAAUCUUGGUUAUCAUUGCAAUUUUGAUAAAAUGCAGCGAACUUCCACAGUAAUCAUCUCUUACCAAAUAUUCCUUCUAUUUAUCACUACUUGGUGUUGUCGUGUAAAGAUUAUAUCCUCUCUUCCAGAUCGUGAGUUGUUCGUGAUGUCAUCGGUGAUAUACCCUAAUGCCAAACAUUUGAAGCAUAAAAUGUACAGGUUGGAAUCUCAAGGAUAAUAUUGUCUUUGAGCUUGAACAAUUAUUCAAGACCAUAUGGAUUUUUCAUCGAUAAUAGAAAAACUGCUGUUUGUGUGGAUGCUCGAUAUAAGACGCGCAGGAUUCAUGAAAAAUCUAUUUGCGAAUAUUGGCAGAUUUUCAAAAUCUUUACAUAAAUUGUUUUACUACGUUGAUGGCACACUCUAAACGCUUGUCCUCAUCAGCCUGUGUUUCCAAAUAUUUUAUUUGUUUCUGAUCAGUGGAAACCAGAUGAGAACUUGCUGGAGAUAAUAUGUGAUAAAGAUGUAAUCAUUUCGAUGUGCGGGCUAUUACCUCGGGAUCUUAGAAACCUUAGAAAAUUAGAAACCUUUAUCUCUGGACCAUUUACAACACAUAAGAAACGAAGGUUAGGCUGUGAAGCCAUUUCUUUGCAGGUGCACUACUGGGCCCUCUUGCAUAAAAUUGCUAUUAUGGUAUCUUUGCCAUCCAAUGGUAACUACCAUAGUAACUACGCUUAAGAGCUUAACUCCUCGAGACCAGCUUUUUGACGUAUGGGUAUAGAAUCGCGACGCCACGUGACGUUUUGUAUACGAGACAAUGUCAUGCCGAAAAUUGAUCAUUUUUGAAGUGAUGAUUGGUGUUUAAUAUGCAAAUAUUGUUUUUCACGAAUAAAUUAGCAUACUUCAUUCAUAAUAUGUAACAAAAACAUUAUUUUAGGAUUUUUUAAAUACUUGCUUGUGGUUUGUGUUGUAAUAAAUGUGAGUGCCAAAUUUCGCGCGAACGGCUGCCGAGAUCAGAAUAGGGCAUCAUGUCCCAAGUCCUCAAUACAUCUUAAAUAGAUCAGUCCUUUUAUGGUUAAGGAAGUUUAUAGAAAAGAGUUUAUGAAUAUCUAACUCCAAAUAUUGAAGUUAAUCUAUUGUUGGAAUGUCAGGCUAACGGUUUACCUAAUUCAAUCUCUUAAUGAAAGACAUAAUUCCAAUACAUAUGACAAAAAUGAUAAAACACUAAAUCUGUAAUAAACAUCAACCUAUCUACCUCCCUCUAAAGUCCUGUUGCAGAUAAUGAAUGAAUACGGAAUCUGACAAGAUUUGUUUUGCAAAUUAUGUGCACCUGCAGGGAUGCAACUGCGCUCAAUGAACAGAUGAAACUUUAUGUAUAAUUAAGAGUGCAUUGAGCUACAUCUUGCAUUAGGAAAGAACCCAUUUGCUCUCUUCAUUUAGCAGAAUGCUCUGCGCCAUUGACGGUUUAUACGAACACAGCAGGUUCAAGAUUACACUUCGAAAUGGACUUAUAUUAUUGGAUUGUUUUGGUGCAAAAUUACGUUUUUAAUUCGUAGGGUUUUUCUGUUGUUACCUUUUUUUCUAAUAUUAUUUGUGUCAUGGAAGCUACAGAGCGAAUUAUGCCUAUGUUUCAAAAGUGACACAAACCCUGCACCCCCUCCCUCCCUACCCUCAGGUCCGUCUCUGUGAGACUCUCCCAAGUAGAUGGGACAAAAAGGUGAACACUCCACCCGUAAAUGUAGUCGCUCCUAUAUUUUUAAAGUAUAAUAUUCAUCAUAAUAUUCAUCAUCGUGUACUUUGUUUAUCAUUGUGCUUCCUCCGUUAAAAUAAUGUUAAGAUAUUUUACUACUUCUGAGAGACUACGGUCAUAUUAAUGUUUUGAACC